GUCCCUGGGCUGAGCCGCGUUGGACGUUUCGAGGGCAGCGGAUCCGCUCCCGGUGAACCCCGCACCGCCUCUCGAAGAAGCCUCAGCCCGAUCUCCUGCUUCUAGCUUUCUCCCUUUGUCUCAACCAUGUCCACCAAUGAGAAUGCUAAUUCACCAGCUGCCCGGCUGAACAGAUUCAAGAACAAGGGAAAAGACAGCACGGAAAUGAGACGGCGCCGGAUAGAAGUUAAUGUGGAGUUGAGGAAAGCUAAGAAGGAUGACCAGAUGCUGAAAAGGAGAAAUGUCAGCUCCUUUCCUGAUGAUGCCACCUCUCCGCUGCAGGAGAACCGCAACAAUCAGGGCAUUGUGCACUGGUCCGUAGAUGACAUUGUCAAAGGUAUAAAUAGCAACAAUGUGGAGAGCCAGCUCCAAGCUACACAGGCCGCUCGGAAACUUCUUUCUAGGGAAAAACAGCCCCCCAUAGAUAACAUCAUCCGUGCUGGUUUGAUCCCCAAGUUCGUGUCCUUCUUGGGCAGAACUGAUUGUGGGCCCAUCCAGUUUGAGUCGGCGUGGGCGCUCACUAACAUUGCCUCUGGGACUUCUGAACAGACCAAAGCUGUGGUGGAUGGCGGCGCCAUCCCGGCCUUCAUCACUCUGCUGGCGUCUCCGCAUGCCCACAUCAGUGAACAGGCUGUGUGGGCCCUAGGAAACAUCGCAGGUGAUGGGUCAGACUUCCGAGAUUUGGUUAUUAAGUACGGUGCGAUCGACCCUCUGUUGGCUCUCCUGGCAGUUCCUGAUAUGUCAGCCUUAACGUGUGGUUACUUAAGGAACGUCACCUGGACACUUUCAAACCUUUGCCGCAAUAAGAAUCCUGCGCCCCCGUUAGAUGCGGUUGAGCAGAUUCUGCCUACUUUGGCCCGACUCCUGCAUUACACCGACCCCGAGGUGUUAGCUGACACCUGCUGGGCCAUCUCCUACCUGACUGACGGCCCCAACGAGCGCAUCGAAAUGGUUGUGAAGACAGGAGUUGUGCCCCAACUUGUGAAGCUUCUAGGAGCGACUGAAUUAUCAAUUGUGACUCCUGCACUUAGAGCCAUAGGAAAUAUUGUCACGGGAACUGAUGAGCAGACGCAGGUUGUGAUCGACGCAGGAGCCCUUGCCGUCAUGCCCAGCCUGCUAACGAACCCCAAGACAAACAUUCAGAAAGAAGCCACGUGGACAAUGUCAAACAUCACAGCUGGCCGGCAGGACCAGAUCCAGCAAGUGGUGAAUCAUGGACUGGUCCCAUUUCUUGUGGGUGUCCUCUCUAAGGCUGACUUUAAGACACAAAAGGAGGCGGUAUGGGCAGUAACCAACUACACCAGUGGUGGAUCUGUGGAACAGAUUGUCUACCUUGUUCACUGUGGCAUAAUAGAACCAUUGAUGAGCCUCUUGAACUCGAAAGAUACCAAAAUUAUCCUGGUCAUUCUAGACGCCAUUACAAAUAUCUUCCAGGCUGCUGAGAAGCUAGGAGAAACAGAGAAACUUAGCAUAAUGAUUGAAGAGUGUGGUGGUUUGGACAGAAUUGAAGCACUUCAGAACCAUGAGAACGAGAGUGUAUACAAGGCCUCCCUGAAGCUGAUUGAGAAGUACUUCUCCGUGGAGGAAGAAGAAGAUCAAAAUGUUGUGCCAGAAAGUACCUCUGAAAGCUAUUCUUUCCAAGUUCAAGAUGGUACUCCAGGGACCUUUAACUUCUAGAUUUGUGCAGCUUCGGCAUAAAGAUGUUCCUUGUGUACCGUUUGGUAUAUGUUUGUCUUACUGUUUUCUCUCUAAGAACUCUUUUUUUUAAAUGUGGUUAUUGUAGCACUUUUUACAACAAAACUAUACUUGAACAGUUCCAAACUGUACAUACUGUAUGAAGCCUGUCUGUGGAAUUUCAUAUCUUACAUUGUCCUGUAAAUAAAGAUUAAGUUCCACCCUUUU